AUGACGGCCCUCUUUUGGGCCGCAUACAAUGGCCAAACGAGCACCGUGGCGCUGCUGUUGGAGAAGGGCGCAUCGGUAGACCAGGCUGACAAGUCUGGCUGGACGGGCCUCUCUUGGGCCGCAGACUUUGGCCACACGAGCACCGUGGCGCUGCUGUUGGAGAAGGGCGCAUCGGUAGAACAGGCUGACAAGGAUGGCGCGACGGCCCUCAUUCGGGCUGCAAGCGGUGGCCACACGAGCACCGUGGCGCUAUUGUUGAAGAAGGGCGCAUCGGUAGACCAGGCUGACAAGUAUGGCGCGACGGCCCUCAUGUACGCCGCAAUCAUUGGCCACACGAGCACCGUGAUGCUGCUGUUGGAGAAGGGCGCAUCGGUAGACCAGGCUACGGAGGAUGGCGCGACGGUCCUCAUGUACACCGCAGUCGUUGGCCACACGAGCACCGUGGCGCUGCUGUUGGAGAAGGGCGCAUCGGUAGACCAGGCUACGGAGCUCGGAUGCACGGCCCUUUCAAGUGCAUCGGCGAGGGGCCAUGACACUACAGUGGAGCUGCUGCUUUCCCGCGUUGCAACUGUGGACAGUGUCGACAAGGAUGGCAAUGCGCCCCUUGCAAAAGCAAUAAAAUUUGGCCACCCAAGCACUGUGGAGCUGCUGCUGAAGCAUGGGGCACGCACGGACGUACCAAACGAGACAGGAGCAACCCCUCUUUUUCAUAUUUGGUCCGACCAGCGGGAAGAGAAGACUGAUGAGCAGACUGCUGCGGAAAUUGUCAGAAUUAUGUUGGACCAUGGCGCUGCUGUGGAGGUUUCAGACAAAGGCGGCGUGACUCCGCUGAUGGCGGCUGCGAAGAGUGGCCACACAUCCGCUGCAGAAUUGCUGCUGAGCAAAGGGGCUUCGGUGGCGUCGACUGACAAGGAAGGAAGAACAGCGGCGCAGUACGCCAGCGCUGGGGGGCAUCACGAGCUGGCAAAGAAGCUGGGCGGUGGUGAUUGA